CUACUAUAUAACAAAUAAUUUGAGGUUAUGGUACUGAAAUGACCUGAAAGUGAGCCCUAGACAGGCUACAAUGUGAAGAUGAGUUGAUCCAUGGCUAAUGCAGCUGCUAUGCUGGGUGAUACCCGUAAUUUAGUAGUACCCGGCGAGGGCAGCAAAAGAAGAUCCCUGAAUAAUAACUUGAAUGAGACUUGGUACGGUAUCUACAGUCCCACCCCUGUAACCGAGUGUAGAGAUAGAGUGUUCACUGAUUUCACUGAAGCUACUGUCGAGUCUAAGAAACUCAAUGCUAGAUUCCAGAAGUUCACAAGUGAAAAUGACGCACGUAAGUUCGCUAAUACGGGACACGUGGACUCUCCAGUGCGACCAGCACGACCCAAACUGCAAGAGAACAUCGUUAAAUCACCUGCACGCAAAGGAACCAACAGUAUGAGAGGUUCUUUAGGAGAGGACACCAUGAGCACAAAGAGCUGUCCAUCAGUUCACCAACGAGAGAUUGUCAAGUUUAGAGUUGCCAUUGAAAAGGGUGAUCUGCAGACAGUGAUAAGAUGUGUAAACGAGAAUCCUCGCUAUCUGAUAUCGUCAAUAGAUAAACCUGUGACAGUACAGACGGGAUCUCACUACAAUGCGCUACAUUGCGCUGCUAAGUCAGGGCAGAAGGAAGUAGCAGAGUACAUAAUGAACCACCUCCUAAGUGACGAGCCUUGGAAUGUGCUCUACCCCACUGAGAACGUGAACAGCACAGCGCACUUGGAGCGCCGCGCCAUGGUCAUUGACGGCUACUUCAACACCAGUGAUAAAGGGUGUGGAGAGACACCUCUACAUUUCGCUUGUAAGUUUGGACAUCUGGAGUUCGCUCAGUGGCUCAUGUCCUACAACCAAGUGGACGUUACGCAGCGCAACAAGUACGAUCAGACGGCGGAGGAGGUGGCGGGAACGCGGUGCGCAGGAACGGAAGAGAUUCAGCGCAAAGUGACCCAACUGGUGCAGGACAGUAGGCACAGUGUUUACGUGCCUGUAGUCAGGGCUGUGGACAACUCAAUGCCUCCCUUCUUAGGACAGCCUGUCACUCCCGAGUACCUUCACUCUAAACGCCUAUCAUCGAACAGUUCUAAGAUAUUGGUUGGGGAGCUCAGUUUAGACGACAGUUUGAUUUACGCUGACUUUGAAACGCCCAACUCUGACCAUUCCUUCCGUAAAAACAACAGUUUCAGCCACAACUCGCCACUCUCACCCUCUCUAAGCAUAUGCGCAUACGCUGGUCCAAUGCUAGCGUCUGGGGCUAAAGAGUUUCGCAAAGUUUGGAAGACACCGCCACGAGAGUUAUCAACCUGGCGGCGCGACACACUGACCGGAAUAAUGCGGAGUGACAGCGAUAGAGGACUGGAGAGAGUAGGGCGUGACCUUGCUGUACAACAAAAAGUUAACUGGAAGGAAUAUUGGGACUUCCUGGAUAUGUUCUUGAAUUUGAGAGAAGAUGACGGACUGGUAGAACUUGAAACUUACCUUUUGAAGAACAAACCCAGAUUCAUAUCCGGUGACGCCCCGAGUAAGACAGAUCAAGAUGUACUACACGCAUUACCCCCGGGAGGGAUUGGUCAAUUGACAGAGCGCUACCCAAACAUCUGCACCUGGUACCAACAAGUCCUUACCUUCCCUGAAGAUGAGAGGAAAUGCUGGACUACACCGGUUGCUAAGAGAAAGUUAUCCAAACGAGAGAUCUUAACCUCUACGCCAUCUCGACACCGUGACAAUUCGGAUGCUGGAAUAGUUCGUAAUCUUAUGAACGAUCUAUCUCUUGAAGACGCAGGAGAUGAAGAAAGAAUUCCAUCUCCCGAGCAAGACAUUCAGGAAAUACUGGUUCAGGGUGUUUCUAAUCUGUCAGUAAGGGAAAGCAACAAACUCUUCCCUAAAACUUACCAGCAAACCCCCAAUCUGUGUGGAAUAGAAAUCAGCGAGAGUGGAAACUCAGGUGACCAGUCCUCCUCCCAAACCGGUGCCCCUUCCAAAGAACCUCUCCCACUUCCAAUACCCAGCUCCCACUGGCUACUCAGCUCCACGCCCAGCGAGGCGAGACAGCGAUAUUCCAAACCAUCAAAUUCAGAAACCACUGUAAAUAUCGACCAACCCCGCAACCGGGUCCGAAGAUACUUAUCAUUCCAGGUCCUCCGGUGGUUAUUGAUCUUCAUCGCCGUCUGGACCAUCUACUUUGCUUACGUUUAUUUCCAGGCCGAUCUGUUUUUGGCGAAUGAUUCAGAUCGUCAUUUGUAGCAGUGGUUAGGAAAUGCCCAGCUGUUUGGUUAUUUAAUUUACGGGGGCGCAUUAGAAUUCUACCUCAUGAGCAGAAAUUGCGUUCGUGAAUAAAAUCGCCAAAAUAGAGCCAUACUAUUUGAGGACACACAUCACCCGAAAUAAGACCUAUUUUUUGUAUUUUUACGAAUACAAUGAUUCAAAGAGGCGCUUGUGAAGUUUAAUUUUAAUGUUCCUCCUUAAAGUGGGUGUGAUUGCAAUUUCUGAAUUCCUGAUGAAGCUUGAUGGGCUAAAUAUAGAUAGGACUAAUCCAUUUGAUGAUGACUUGUUAGACAGCGGUGUAGGCGCUAAAGUUAUGACAUUUCCGUAAAUGUAUGACUUUGUAAGGCUGAUCGUUUGGUGGUGUAUCCCGAAAUACUAAAUGCAGUUAUUGAUUAAUUGUAAGAGAUUUGAAUUUUUAACCUACAAAACAAACUUAAAUCUUUAUUUAUAGAUCAAUCCGCCCUUUAUACUAAUAAAUAACAAGUAUCAUGUUAUAAUUACUAUGAUUAGAUUUGAAUUUUGGAGGAUUGUGAAACAUGACUGUCCGUUGAGAUGAGGUACGAUCCAGUUUUAUCUGUUAAAUUAUUGCUGGGAUCUCAUCAUCUGAUCAAUUGGUUGAUAAUUGGUUUUUAUUUGAAAUAAUUUGAUCCGGAUAAAGUAGUAAUUUUAGAGUUUUUGUCAAAACAAAGGUCGUUUAUUAAGAGCCGGUUU